CAAGUAGACAUGCACUCUCUCUCAUAUUCUGGUUGGUAGCUACAUGUGUUUGCAUUUGUUGUCUAUUUGAUUGUGAUGGGCACCAUGGAAAUGGAGAGAUAAGUUUUGGAGGGUGUCUAAGAUUCCAAAAUCUAUACAAGUCUCUGGAUUUUGUAGAAGAAACUCUUAUUUUUUGAUGGAUGAAGGUUCCAAAGCUGGUGUUGGAAGGGUGCUUUGAUUUUUCUUUUGGGACUCUGUGUCAAUGAUUUGAAUCAUUGUUUCUGAGAAAAAUUUUCACUUCUGUAUGGCAUCAUUGGUUUGAUUAAACUAGCUGCCAUUGGACAAAGUGUUUGGUGAAGUUCGAUUACAAUUAUCUAUUUAUGGCUGAGAAAGAUGAUACAUUCCCAUCAGAAAGUAAAAGGAGGAAUCCCCUCAGAGUAUUUUUCAAUGAUUCAAGACUACUUUUUAAAAUGGAUGAACUUGGUCUAGAAAUAGCAAGGAUUGCACUCCCUGCUGCACUGGCCUUGACCGCAGACCCGAUUGCUUCUCUGGUUGAUACAGCCUUCAUUGGUCAAAUUGGUCCAGUGGAAUUAGCCGCAGUAGGAGUUUCUAUUGCUUUGUUCAAUCAAGCAUCAAGGAUUGCAAUAUUCCCCCUUGUUAGUGUCACAACUUCUUUUGUAGCUGAGGAAGAUACUGUCACAAAAGCAAGUCCUGAAGCACAAGAGAGCAAGAAUUUAGAAAUGGGUUCAAUAAUAAAUAAUGAGAAUGAAAAGUUAAUACCACAGAAUGAAUCUAAGGAGAGUAAGUACAAGACAGAGACACUUGGUUGCAGCGUUGAUGUAGCUGUGUUUAAGCAUGAAAAAAGAAAAAUUCCGUCAGCCUCAUCCGCAUUAAUUAUUGGUGGCAUCCUCGGCCUCCUCCAAGCCACGUUCCUUAUUUCUGGAGCACAACCUUUAUUGAACUUCAUGGGAGUCAAAUCUGAUUCUCCAAUGUUAAAGCCUGCACAACAGUACUUGACAUUGAGGUCACUUGGUGCACCUGCAGUUCUACUCUCAUUGGCCAUGCAAGGGGUCUUCCGAGGAUUAAAGGACACAAAGACACCUCUCCAUGCCACUGGUGUCAAUGGUGCUGCAGUUGCCCAUGUUAUUUCUCAGUACCUAAUUUCAAUUAUUCUAUUGUGGAGAUUAAUGGAACAAGUUGAUCUUAUACCUCCUAGUCUCAAAUAUCUGCAAUUCGGUCGAUUUCUUAAGAAUGGUUUUCUUUUAUUGAUGAGGGUUAUGGCUGUGACAUUUUGUGUAACUCUGUCUGCAUCUUUGGCUGCACGCCAAGGACCAACAACGAUGGCCGCUUUUCAGGUCUGCUUGCAGGUUUGGCUGGCAACCUCUCUUCUAGCUGAUGGAUUGGCUGUUGCUGGACAGGCUAUACUUGCAAGUGCAUUUGCUAGAAAUGACUACGACUGGGCAACUGCCACCGCAUCUCGAGUAUUACAGUUAGGACUAGUCCUUGGAUUGGUGCUAGCAGUGAUCCUUGGAGUUGGAUUACAGUUUGGAGCUAGAUUAUUUACAAAAGAUGUCAAUGUUCUUCACUUGAUAAGUAUUGGCACCCCGUUUGUUGCAGCUACUCAACCACUCAAUUCCUUGGCUUUUGUUUUUGAUGGUGUCAACUUCGGAGCAUCUGAUUUUGCAUAUUCUGCUUACUCUAUGGUACUUGUGGCAAUAUUCAGCAUCCUUAUUUUGUUCAUUCUUUCCUCAAGUCAUGGAUUUAUCGGAAUCUGGUUCGCCUUGACCAUCUAUAUGAGUCUCAGAGCCCUUGCUGGAUUUUGGAGGAUUGGGACUGGAACAGGGCCCUGGAACUUUCUGAGGAGAUGAAUGCGUGUGGGUUAUAGUUUAAGUAUGGUUCCCUGGGCAAAGCAAGGAUUUGGACCUUGAAUUCAGGGUAGAAAAGCAAUAACCUAGAACUAAUAGGGCCAUCUUAGAAUAUUAAUGCUUUAGGGGGCCAUGUCUAUGAAUUCAGUAUUCCCCCCCCCCCCCCCCCC